AUGCAGUAUCAAGCGGUUGCUACAAUAUUGCUGCUGACAGCCAACUCGGCCAACGCACACUCCUAUGUUGAAGAACUCAAGAACAUUGCGUCUAAUGGCUCUUAUGUUUCUUGUUCUGGUUUUCCGCGGGCGUUUGCAGACAAAUCUGCUGACGCCAAAUUUGACCAGGAGGCCAACAAAUGGCUCUUGCCGCCGGCAGGCGGCCCACCCUUCAUCAACGAAACGCACCUGCUCUGCCAUCCGUCUCAACAAGUCCCUAAACAAGCAGGCCGUUUCUCGCGUUUACAAACUAAGCUGGGAAGUAUGAUCGCUUUACGUUACGCCGAGAAUGGCCACGUAACUAUGCCUGGAGGCGGACUUAAUCUUGUGGGGAAGCCGGAGAAAGGAGGCACAGUGUUCGUGUUUGGCACAAAGCAACCACGACCCGGUGAAACUCUUCAAAAUGUAAUGCAUUGGACACGUGAUGGCAAGGGUGGUGACCAAUCUGGCAGACUAUUGACUGCCCAAAACUUUGAUGAUGACAGGUGCUAUCAGCUCAGUGAUGACAGUAUAGUAUUGGGUAAAGCUCGUCGUUUGCAGACACCCAACCCAAUCCCUGGACAGCCAGGCUCAGAUCACGAACUUUUCUGCGAGACGAACGUAAGAAUGCCAGAUGAUGUCACUAUUGGCAAGCCUUAUACCCUAUAUUGGGUGUGGCAAUGGCCGACAGCACCUCAACUAGGACGUGAGCCCCUGCAUGGGAAGGACGAAUACUACACAUCGUGUAUUGACGUGGAUGUUGUGACUGACUUACCUCCGGACCAAUGUGGGGCUGUUCUCAAAGACCAGGAUCCUAUGACCGCUGCGGUUCCAAAUUUCAAAUCUCGCACUGCCCUGACAGUGGACCCGCUAGCAUUGUCUUUUCAAGCAGGCUUUGGGCAACCCACAAUGACUAGCGAUGAAUCUCUUAAUAUCCAGCAGACUGCAGCAGCCUUGAAUCACAGGUGA